AGAGUCAACACGUAACCUGCUGUCAACCGUAACCAUGGUUUGUUAUGAGAAGGGAAAAAACAGGGUGGGAGUACCGGGCGUGAUCAAGCGGUGUGCUCACACCUAUAGCUUUUAUCUCGGCCACAACGCGUUCUGCGUCUCGUUGUAAUAACUCUCUUUCUCUCUUGCUGUCUUUUUCUGUCUGUAUGCUUUUGUGAACGCCGGCUACACUUUCGGGCGGCUUUUUCGCAAUCUACCUCGCCGGGAGAUUGAUGAGAUCCUCAAGGAGUCUGAGGUCGCUUUGAUUAAGAUUUGUUCCUCUUUUUUUUUUUUUAAUUCUUUCCGAGUUUUGGAUUGGUGGAGUUUGAAGCUGAUGAUUUGGGGUAAUGAGAGAGUAAACAAAACUUCUUAGAGGUAAAUUGGGGAAGGAAUUUGAGAAUUCGACGAGGAAUCGAGUUAUCAUUUGAUGCGUUAGAUAAGGAUUUGUCUUUUUCUUGUUUUUUUCCCCCCCUUGAUCUGGUUUGGUUCUAUUUUUGGCAAUUUUGGAUCUUGAAGAUUCUAAUAGGAAAAAUAGCUGAACAAGCAAAGCUUUACAUUUUCCUGCUUGAUUCGAUUUCAUUCAUCGCAAAGGAAGGCUAUCUGUUGCCGUUACGGAUCGUACAUUGUUCAAAAUUUGAGAGAAGUAUUAACGACUUGUCGUUUGGAAAGGAUAGUGCAAAAUGGAGAGAAAUGUGCAGGAUAGAAAGGAGUGAGAGAAAGAGUGGUGAAAUUGGGAAGAGAAGAGAAAGAGAGAAGGGGAUGGGAAUGGUAAACGGAAUGGUGAAAGGAGUAGAGAAGGUGAAGAGUAUAUCGAGAUCAAAAAUGAAGAUGUGGAUGAUACGCGCCACCACGUCGGUGUUGUUGUGGACAUGUGUCGUUCAAUUGACGACGAUCGGUGAGAUGUGGGGACCUAGGGUUUUGAAAGGAUGGCCCUCUUGUUUCUCGCAUGAAUCUGCUGCCGUCCUGGAGGAGAAAGUUCUCGCUGUGCCUGCUCGAGUGCUUCCACCGAAGAGAGCUUACAAGAACAAUGGCUACCUCAUGGUUUCAUGCAAUGGAGGUCUUAAUCAAAUGAGAGCUGCGAUAUGUGAUAUGGUCGCUAUUGCAAGAUAUUUGAAUGUAACACUUAUAGUUCCCGAGCUUGAUAAAACUUCCUUUUGGGCUGACCCCAGUGAGUUUCAAGAUAUAUUUGAUGUAGAACAUUUCAUUACAUCAUUGAGAGAUGAGGUUCGGAUAUUGAAAGAAUUGCCUCCUAGGUUGAAGAGGAGAAUGGAGCUAGGGAUGACUUAUACCAUGGCACCUGUUAGUUGGUCUGAUAUAUCUUAUUAUCAUAACCAGAUUCUUCCUUUGAUACAGAAGUACAAAGUUUUACAUCUUAAUAGAACAGAUGCUCGGCUUGCCAAUAAUCAUCAACCUCUGGAGAUUCAGAAAUUGCGCUGUCGUGUAAAUUUUAGUGCUCUGAGAUUUACUUCUCAGAUAGAGGAGUUGGGUAAAAGAGUUAUAAAUCUUCUUAGGCAAAAUGGUCCAUUUUUAGUACUUCACCUCAGAUAUGAAAUGGACAUGUUGGCCUUCUCUGGUUGUAGUCAAGGUUGCAACAAUGAGGAGGUAGAAGAAUUGACAAGAAUGAGAUAUGCUUAUCCUUGGUGGAAAGAGAAAAUAAUAAAUUCUGACUUGAAAAGGAAAGAUGGGUUGUGCCCUUUGACACCAGGGGAAACAACCCUUACAUUGAGGGCAUUGGACAUAGAUCCAAAUAUGCAGAUCUAUAUUGCAGCGGGUGAGAUAUAUGGUGGAGAAAGGAGAAUGGCAAGUCUUGCAGCAGCUUAUCCAAAACUGGUCAGAAAGGAAACUCUGUUGGAAUCAUCAGACCUUAGAUUUUUCCAGAAUCACUCAUCCCAGAUGGCAGCUUUAGAUUAUCUUGUUUCAUUGGAAAGUGAUAUUUUUGUCCCCACAUACGACGGAAACAUGGCUAAAGUUGUUGAAGGCCAUAGACGGUUCCUUGGGUUCAAGAAGACAAUUUUACUGGACAGAAGGCUUUUGGUUGAUCUGAUAGACAGGUUCAACAAUGGAUCACUGAGUUGGGAUGAGUUCUCUUCUGCUGUAAAAGAAUCACAUGCAAAUCGGAUGGGGAACCCAGUAAAUAGGUUGGUGAUUCCAGACAGGCCAAAAGAGGAGGAUUAUUUCUAUUCCAACCCUGAGGAGUGUUUACAGCCUUCAGAGAAUCCCUGGGAUCCUUCAAGUUGACAAUUAUUUAGGAGAUUGUGAUGUUUAUCUAAGCCUUCACCACCGUCCUAGUGAUUUUACCACAGAUAAAAGGAUAGCUCACUUCUCAACACAGGAGUUAAUAGUGAUAACGGAAGAUUUUGUGAUGAGGAGGCAAUGAAGAAGUUAAUAUGGGUUGGUAAACUUGAAGAAAGCCUGAGAUGAUCUACGGAAGCGGUUAUGGGACGUUAUCAUCUUUAUUAUAUGCCAAUAUCCAAUUCGUGUAUAGAAAGCUACCCUGCCAUUACAGGGUGAUGUGAAAGCAACAAAAAUCGGUUUGUACACGGAGGGAUGCAAAUAUAGAUGUGGUGGCCUCAAGGAAGGUUACUCCUUCAUCCUUCCAUUUAUUUUUUUCUUGGUUGGUUCAUGAUAUUGUGAAGUUUCUAGCAAAUAUCAUAUAUUAAAAAAAAUUAUUAUUCUUAUACUGCUCA